GAUCGGAAGCUUGUCCUUACUUGUUCAGUUUUUAUAGAAAUUAAAAAUAUUAAUCAAUACUUUAGUAAUUACUUCAUGAAUUAAAGUUAAACUACAGUCAUGAAGCUAACAGUGGACGGUCUUCUUGUUUAUUUCCCUUAUGAUUACAUUUACCCUGAGCAGUAUGCGUAUAUGUUGGAGUUGAAACGAGCUCUAGACGCUAAAGGCCAUGGACUACUGGAGAUGCCAUCAGGAACAGGAAAGACCAUAUCCCUCUUAUCUCUAAUUGUAGCAUACAUGAUACAGAAUCCUCAUCAUGUCAGAAAACUCAUCUACUGUUCCCGUACAGUGCCAGAGAUUGAGAAGGUUCUAGAAGAGCUGAAGAACCUCAUAAAGUAUUAUGAGAAGUCUCAGGGAGAGAAACCAAGCCUCACAGGAGUGGUUCUCUCCUCCAGGAAGAAUCUCUGCAUACAUCCUGAUGUUUCAAGAGAAAGGGAAGGCAAGUUGGUGGAUGGUAAAUGCCACUCACUCACUGCAAGCUACAUCAGAGAGAGACAUGAAUCCGACAACUCUGUGCCCAUAUGUCAAUUCUACGAAGGUUUCAACCGUGAAGGCAAGGAGUCGAUGUUACCGUACGGUGUUUACACCAUGGACGAUCUGAAACAAUAUGGCGCCGACAGAAAUUGGUGUCCGUACUUCCUGUCUAGGUUUGCUAUUAUUCAUGCUGAGAUCGUGGUCUACUCGUACCAUUAUCUCUUGGACCCGAAGAUAGCCGAAGUAGUGUCCAAGGAGAUGAACAGGGAAGCUGUAGUGGUGUUUGAUGAAGCCCACAACAUAGACAAUGUGUGCAUAGACUCGUUAAGUGUGAAGGUCACUCGGAGGACCAUAGAUAGAAGCACUAUGGCUCUACAGCAGCUUGAGAAGACUGUGGCUCAUUGGUUAGUUUCGAUGCGAAUGUCAAAGGUGGUACCCGGUAACAUAAGGAACGCAGAGCACUUCCUCAGCUUUCUGAAACGCUUCAUAGAGUAUUUGAAAACUAGGCUAAGGAUACAACAUGUCGUGCAAGAAUCUCCCGCCGGGUUCCUAAAAGACGUACAAGCGCGAGUGUGUAUAGAGCGCAAACCGCUACGUUUCUGUGCUACGCGGUUGUCGUCCCUGAUGAAGACGUUGGAGAUACCGGACCCCUCAAACUUCGCGUCCCUCACUCUCAUCACACACCUGGCUACUCUCGUCUCCACUUAUACGAAGGGGUUCACUAUCAUCAUAGAACCCUUUGAUGAUAAAACCCCCACGGUUUCCAACCCUAUUUUGCAUUUUUCGUGCAUGGAUUCAUCAAUAGCCAUGCGGCCAGUAUUUGCCAGAUUUCAAUCGGUUAUUAUAACAUCAGGGACCUUAUCACCGUUGGACAUGUACCCAAAGAUCCUGGACUUCAACCCAAUCAUAAUGAGCUCUUUCACUAUGACUCUAGCCAGGCCUUGUAUAUUACCUAUGAUUGUAUCAAAAGGCAGUGAUCAAGUAGCGAUAUCGUCUAAAUAUGAAACGAGAGAAGACGUAGCUGUGAUUAGAAAUUAUGGACAGUUACUUGUAGAGAUUUCAGCGUCAGUACCUGAUGGUGUAGUAUGUUUCUUCACAUCGUAUUUAUAUUUGGAAAGCGUGGUCGGGGCGUGGUACGAUCAAGGCGUAGUGGCGAGCUUACAGCGACACAAACUACUGUUUAUUGAGACUCAAGAUUCAGCUGAAACCAGUUUCGCUCUCAUCAAUUAUAUCAAGGCGUGCGAGAGCGGUCGCGGCGCCGUGUUGCUGUCGGUGGCGCGCGGCAAGGUGUCGGAGGGAGUCGACUUCGACCACCAUCUCGGCCGCGCCGUGCUCAUGUUCGGCAUACCAUACGUCUUCACGCAGAGCCGGAUACUCAAGGCGCGACUCGACUAUCUCAGGGACCAGUUCCAGAUCCGUGAGAAUGACUUCCUAACAUUCGACGCGAUGCGUCACGCUGCGCAGUGCGUCGGUCGAGCGUUGCGAGGGAAGACGGACUACGGUAUAAUGAUAUUCGCGGACAAGCGGUUCAGUCGCGCGGACAAGCGCACCAAGCUGCCUCGCUGGAUACAGGAACAUCUCAAGGAUUCUCUCUGCAAUCUUAGCACGGAGGAGGCUGUACAGAUAUGCAAACGCUGGCUCCGUCAAAUGGCGCAGCCGUUCACUCGCGAAGACCAGCUCGGCGUGUCCUUACUAACAUUACAACAAUUGCAAUCGGAAGAACAGCAGGAAAAGAUUGAGAAACAAGUCAUACAGAAAUGAUGGACGGGAUCCCACAGAAUACCAUUGGUGUUACCACAGAUUUCUAUCAUGAAAAGAAAUCUCUUGAGUUCUAUUUACGAAGAUAUUGGAAUCGGGCAAUUAUUGCUGUUAGAAUUCAAUGCAGUCUUCCGUCAAUCAAAUAAUUCAUUUUGAACGUGUACUUAUCAACAGCUACAUGCAGUAAAGAGCUAGGCGCUCUGCUGAUCAAUAUUAUUAGACCACGUUACGACUGUAAAUAGUAAUGCCGGCUUUCCGAGAAUUUGAUUUACCUGUUUUACAAAUGACAUUAUGUUGUCUUAUUGUGAUAAAUGAAUAAUGUUUCACACAAUAAAGAAUUAUUUUUAAAUG